AAUCUGUCCACCGGGUUGGAACUCUGCAAUCUGGUUCAACAUUCCGUCAUAUCUAUCAAUCACCUAAAUAUUUAGGUCUUGAAUAAAAGUGAAAUCUAUUCGGGUUUCGAAUUCUUAUCAAGAUGCCGACCGUUUCCGUCAAGAGGGAUUUGCUGUUUAAGAAGAUUGGUCAGUCAUACACGGAUGACGAGUUUGAUAAGCUUUGCUUCGAAUUUGGGGUCGAGUUGGAUGAUGUGGUGGAUAUCGACCCGAAAAAUGUAGAGUACAAGAUUGACAUCCCUGCAAAUCGGUAUGACCUUUUGUGCGUCGAAGGGAUUUCAACAGCCCUGGCAGUGUUUAUCAACAAGAAAAAUGCUCCAAGAUUCACAAAAACGUUACCAGCCAAACCUAUAACCACCACAGUUGAAGAGUCAACCUCACCACUUCGCCCAUUUGUUGUGACAGCUUGCCUACGCAAUGUGAAGAUUACUCCGGAAGCAUACGACUCACUGAUCGACUUACAGGAGAAAUUGCAUCAUAAUAUUUGUCGAAAACGAACCCUCGUAGCAAUUGGCGUGCAUGAUUUGGACACAUUAAGUCCACCAUUCACCUACUCCUGUGAUCCACCCAAACAGAUCAAGUUUAAACCUUUGAAUCAAACCAAAGAGUUUGUGGCGGACGAGUUGAUGGAGUUUUAUCUGAAGGACAGCCAUCUCAAACCAUACGUCCCCAUCAUUAAGGAUGAACCCCGCUAUCCUGUAAUCAGAGACAGUAAAGGGGUCGUUCUUUCAUUGCCACCUAUAAUCAACGGAGAUCAUUCUAAAGUUACGACGUCAACGAAAAACAUCUUUAUCGAAUGUACUGCCACGGAUUUGACUAAGGCACAAGUCGUGUUGGACACAAUGGUCACAAUGUUGAGUGAACAUUUGGAGAAACCUUUUGAAGCUGAAGCUACUCAAGUGUUGUAUAAGGCGAAUAACGAGACCAAGAUUUAUCCUUUGUUGGAGUACAAAUUGGAAACGGUGGAUGUCCCAGCGACUAAUAAAGUUGUUGGAAUCGAAAUGACUGCCGAUGACAUGGCCAAAAGCUUGAGUCGAAUGGGGUUACGAUCCACGGUGGGACCACAAUCGGGGAAAAUUUCGGUCGAGAUUCCCCCAACUCGUCACGAUAUUCUAAAUCAAUGUGACAUAAUGGAAGAUGUGGCGAUUUCUUUUGGAUAUGGGAACAUCGUUCCUAGUUUACCUCCAACGUCCACAGUUGCAGCACAAUUUCCCCUUAAUAAACUCAACUUCCAACUCUCCGAGUGCAUGGCUCAAGCUGGGUUCACGGAAGCGUUGACCUUUUCAUUGUGCUCUGUUGAUGAUGAAUGUGAAAAAGUACUAAAAUCAAGAGUAGAUAUGGAAUCAAAACUGGUGCGAAUCGCAAAUCCUAAAACACAAGAUUUCCAAGUGGCUCGUUAUUCGCUUCUUCCAGGACUUUUGAAGACGGUUCAAGCCAACAAAAAUAUGCCCCUGCCACUUAAAUUAUUUGAAAUUUCGGAUGUGGUUUAUCUCGAUGAAAAUGUUGACACUGGAACAAGAAAUUGUCGUCACCUUUGUGCUCUGAACUACAACAAAUCGCCUGGAUUCGAAAUUAUUCAUGGACUUUUGGAUCGCUUUAUGCAGUUGUUGGAAGCAAAGUUUCAAGAUGAUUAUUGUUUAAGGGCUGCAGAAGAUUCGACCUAUUUCCCUGGACGGUGUGCCGAAGUUAUUUAUAAAGGCAAAAGUAUCGGCAAAUUGGGCGUGUUGCAUCCAAAAGUUGUAGAAAAUUUUGAAUGCAACCUUCCAUGUGCUGCAUUGGAAAUUGAAAUUGAACAUUUCUUAUAAAAAUAUUGUUAAAUAAAGUAACUUUGUUGCAGUAUAUACACUGUCAAUAUACCUCCUUUUCAAAUUAUUUACAUGUAUCUUUGUAAAUAAAUAAUCAAAUAGAUUAAUCGUCUUGA